GCCCUGCAGAUUGGUCGCCUCCGUGGCAACGCCCUUAAAUGUCGCGUGUUAUUGGGUUUGAGUGAGUAUGAGGUCGGAAGUAUUCCUGUAUAUACCAAAUAUAAUCGGAUACUUCAGAAUUGUAUUAUUGCUGACUGCUUGGGGCUUCCUUAACUAUCCCCAAAUAUUUCUGCCCUGUUAUUUAUGGUUCGUAAUUCUUGAUGGCUUGGAUGGGUAUGCAGCCCGCUACCUUGGGCAGGUUUCAGAAUUCGGAGCCUGGUUAGAUGUUGCUAUUGAUAAUCUGGGAAGGGGAAUGCUGUGGAGUGCACUAUUUCAGGGUGGCUGUUUUAUUUCAGCCUUAGAAUGGUGUGUCUUUGUCUGUACCCACAGCUCAAUGGGCGCCGAGUGGAAGAGCAGAUUUGUGAGCAGCCCCUGGUGGGUGCACAGAGUUAUGGCAAAUGCUGGAGCACAAUGUUUAAGUGACUUGAUUAGAAGUUUUAAAACCACUCUUGGUGUGUUUGUGAUUGCUGGACUCCAUCUGCUGCCUGUCUGGUUGUAUUCAUUUUUCACAGGAGUGUUAACAGACCCCCUUCACCUACCUCGUAUACUGCAGUGGGUUGGAAUUGUUGUUCUUUCUGCUGGCAGGCUUUGGUGCCUGGCCAUUGAGAUUUGGUGCAUUUGGACACAUAUCAAGUUCCUUACAAGAUAACAAAGCAUCAGGGUACAUCAGAUUUAUUUCCAGACAACAGAGUUUACCAAACGUGACAUGGCUGGAAAAGCAUAUUUCAAAAUAAAGCUUGUAACAUCUCUGAACAUAUUAUAGUGCUCAACAAAACUGAUGUCCAACAAGAAUGUACUGUAGUGCCUACCCAUCAGAACUUUUAAUAAAGGGAAUACGGUGACACUGAAGUCAAAAGAGAAUCUGCAUAAUUGCUUGACAGGUUUACAUUCUUAAAACGUGAUUUAUGUUGUGUAUUUUAGUUAUGUCAAUAAAAUCUACAUGCAAGUUAACGUUA